CGUAAUCUAUUUAUUUUUCCUCCCCUAAUUUCAGAAAUGGGAAUUUCCACGGCUCGCACGCGCGUCCUACGGUCCCCUCCGACGCCAGCCGCUGCCAACAGUGACCGCCGUAGCGGCACCAGGCCCACGCGCAGUACCAGCGAAUGAACAAUUGAGGGAUCCCACAGGGCAACAAAAUAGAUUCUCCUCGCCCCUUGAUUACCCCAGAAACUCCGAUUCGCUCGCUUUUUCCCCCUGAUGCGUAUCGAUGGCGAUGACGACAGCGGUGGUGGUAGCGGCAGCGACGAUGGUGACAGUAGUGGUGAACCUCUCGCUCGCUGGUAUAAAACCCCUGGCUGCGUCCCUCGUUUUUCCAAGCACAGAACCCGAUCCGCUCUGUUUCUGGGACGCGGCGCUCGGAUUGGAGCUUUUUCGGUCUCCGUUUUUAGUGCUAGGGUUAGGGUUUGGGAUCGGAAUGGCGAGGGGGAAGGUGGAGCAAAAGCGAAUCGAAAACAAGACGAGUCGGUUGGUGGCGUUCUCGAAGCGAAGGAAGGGGCUCAUGAAGAAAGCUCGCGAGCUCUCGAUUCUCUGCGACUCCGAGCUCGCGCUCAUCGUCUUUUCCGAGAAAGGCAAGCUUUACGAGUUCUGCAGCGCCAACAGUUUGGGAAAGAUACUUCAUCAGUACCAGACUCAUUUAGAAAUGGAACAAGCUGUCCAGAGGAGAGUUCAAGAAGCCAAGAAGAAUCAUGCAGAAUAUGCACAUACGGGUACAGGCCCUCAUCUAUUGCAUAUGGUGCAAAGGUAUCUUGGGGAGAAAAAGGUUGAACAACUAGGCAUUAACGACCUCACAAAGCUCGAGGAAGACUUGGAUUCCAUGCUAAGAGAAACCAAAUCUAGAAAGACCCAGCUAAUGAUGGAAACCAUGACAGAACUCGAGGAAAAGCGCAUCUUUGUGGCUGUCGGCAGUUUCUAUGGUGGUCAACAGCUUCAACUCCUCCUGGUGUGAUCGACGAAGGUGCUGUGUUUCUACCUCUGCUGUGUUGUUUUUCACAUAGAGCAAGUAUUUCGAGUUAGGCUUCCGUGUUUGAUAUGUGCCUUCCGUGUUUGAUCUAGCUUUUUUUUAUUUCUGCUGACCUUUUGUAAUAUGGUUGUCUGUGUACCUCUUAUUAUUUGGAUUUGGACCUAAUUUGAGUUAGGCUUGUCGUUUAUUUGGUUGACUGCUUGGGCUUAUUUUUUUUUAGUGCCUUUUAUCAUGUCUAUUGAAAAGACUAUUGUUCAAUUUACUGGAAAUAAUUUCUCUACCUGGGAAUCCCAAUUUAAAAUGUUCUUAAAAGGGAACGAAUUGUCAAAUCAUAUUGAUAGUUAUGCUCAAGUUCCCACUGAUAACAAGGAAUUUGCACAAUGGGAGGUCAAGGAUGCUAAGGUGAUCACUUGGCUGUUGGGGACGAUUGAGUCUCACCUUGUGACCAAUCUUCGCUGUUUUACUAUGGUUUAUGCUAUGUGGGAUUAACUCUACCAUAUUUACCACCAAGAUCACAGUGCUCGGAAGCUCCAAUUGGAGCUGGAAAUUAGUAAUUACAGUCAAGGUAAUUUACCUAUUGAACAAUUUUUAUUCUGGUUUUAUUAAUCUUUGGAGCAAGUAUUCUGCUAUUGUUCAUGCUAAGGUUCCCCCCACGGCACUCGCGGCUCUUCAAGCGGUUCAUGCUGAGAGUCAACACGAUCAGUUUUUUAUGAAACUUCAACUUGAAUCAGUUACCCAACCAAAUUCAAUUUUAUAUAUUACAUCUUCUUCAAUUUCCCUUUCCAUUUGCAUAAUAGAUCCAAGAAUCGAAAUCUAUUAGUGCUAAUAAUUUCUUGAUUAUCAAGUUUAAUCUUCUCUCCACUACUACUCCUUAUGUUAUUAAAAUUACAUUUCAUAUAUUCUGUCUUAUUCCUACUUAUCCUAAAACCUUUGACUCUGAUGUUGUUCUUUCAUUAUUUAGCAAAAUAUCAUCUGCAAACAACAUAACCAAAGGAUCCCAUUUUGGAUAUUCCCAGAAAGUUCAUCAAUUACUAAAGUAAAAAGAUAAUGGCUCAAAGUAGAACCUUGAUGUAUACCUAUUGCGAUUGAAAAAUAUCUAGAUUCCACUCCUAAAAUCCUAAUGCUAGUCACCACUCUAUCAUACAUAUUCUUAAUGACCUCAGUAUAUCUACUGCAAACCCCCUUCUUUUCUAAGACCCACAAAAGAACUUCUCUAGGUACUUUAUCAUAUGUUUUUUUUCUCUUGGUCAAUAAAAACUAUAUUAAAGUCAUCUUCUUUUUCCUAAGCUUCUCCAUUUAUCUUCUUAAAAUAUAAAGAAGGAAGAUAGAGAAGGAAAAAGUAGAAGAUACAAAGGAAAAUAGGGAAAUAUACUUCCUCUUCAAUUUUCAAAUUCACCAACUCCCUCUUAUUGUCUUUCACACCCGAUUUAUUAAAGCCUAAAUUACAGGAAAAUUAUAAAUAAACCCAUAAAGAUACAGGAAAUUAGAAAUAAACAUGUAAAAGACACAUCUACUAAAAACAAACCCCCAAAUGUAAGUCUACUAAAAAUUAAAUUGAACCAAUAUAAGGACUACUAAUUAACUAAACACAUUUGGAUUUACGACCCAACAAUCCCUUGACCCUAUUCUUUGAAAUAGGUCUCCAAAUUGGGUCAAAGUGAUCAAUCCAAGAACCAAAUUCCUAUCCUACAUCAUUCCCUCCUUCCAAUAAGAACUUGACAAUGUAGAGUUGGGAAAGCAACAAGAAAUAAAAGGAAUCAUCUUGCUUCAUGAGAAAGAACUAGUGGUGCACUUUAAUUUUGUGGGUGGAAAAGCUUGUGAUGACAUCUUUUACUUCUUCUAGUUAAAUGGAAGAGGCGUAAAAAUUUUCAUGGACAUCGUGCUCAACCCUCCUAGCAAAUAAACAUGGGCGCCCCAAAAGAAUAUGACAAAUCUUGAGAGGAUGGCUAAAUUCACUAUCUCCAUAAUUAAAUUAAUCUUCAAGGCAAGCAAGUAAUGGGCCUUGAAGUCGGUAUUGCUUACCUAUAAUCUUGUAUGGAUCAGGAUGUGGUUCAACCUCAAAGUUUAAUUUCCUCACAACAUAAUCAAAACUAAAUUUAUAAUACUAAAAUCAAUAGAAAUUACCUAAGUUUGAAAAAUGAUGGUUUGUCUUCAAUUUUCAUUUUCAUAAAAAUUGCAGGAAUAGAGUUUAAGUUGAAGCACUAAACAAUCUUCCAAGUUGACUUGUUCCAGUUAGUUGAGACUUCUCUCUUGGCUUCAAUCAUCUUCCAUUUUUCUGCAAUUGCCAUGACUUAGAUAAGACAUUGUGCAGAUCAAUGCUCCAAACCUUGGCAUUUGUAACACUUGGUUGCUAGUUGGACCUUAGAAGUUGUUUAGGAAUUCUCAGGAGUCUUCCAGGGAUUCCCAACCACUCAACUUUCCUAGCACAACUAUACUAGUAGUAUUCUCAAAUUGAAGGGUUGAUGUUGUUCUAGAAUGAUUAUGCAGCAUAUCCACCUCCAUGCAAGUGGCAAUCUAUAUUGCAUUUCCAACUGAAAUGAGAUGAGAUGCAGCAAGCUUGAAGGCAUUAGUGUCUCUCUUGGCUUCAAUCAUCUUCCUUUUUUCUGCAAUUGCCAUGACUUAGUUAGGACACUGUGCAGAUCAAUGCCCCAAACCUUAGCAUUUGUAACACUUGGUUGCUAGUUAGACCUUAGAAGUUGUUUUGGAAUGCUCAGGAGUCUUCCAGGGAUUCCCAACCACUCAAAACUUUCCUAGCACAACUAUACCAGUAGCAUUCUCAAAUUGAAGGGUUGAUGUAGUUCUAGAAUGAUUACGCAGCAUAUCCUCCUCCACGCGAGUGGCAAUCAAUAUUGCAUAUCCAACUGAAAUGACAUAAGAUGCAGCAAGCUUGAAGACAUUAUUGAGCUUCAACCCUUUCCCAUACAAAGCAAUCAUCACAUUCCCUCUCCACUCUAUGCCAGCACAAAAGCAAAAUGAUAAAACCUACGAGUGUAAUCUACCACAUUUUUAUCUCAUUGCUUCAAAUCAAAAGGCUGCAAAUGAACACACUGCUAGUAGUUGGAAGAUACAAAUUGUUGCUGCAUGGGUUGCUUCAUCCAAUUCAAUGUUCUAGUCUCAACAAUAUCUCCUUCUAAAGAUUUGUUCCCUUCAAUUUAGAUUCAGUCAAAUACAACUUUCAAGCAUGAAUGUCUUAUUCAUGUCAUACCAUCAGAAAUAGCACUAUAAAGAACACGCCCAACAAAUGAUCAUUUUGUUCUUCAUGAUGCUCAAAUGUGUGGGAAGCAACAUCAGCUAUGCCACUUUCCUGUUAUGUCGGAAAAUCAAUGGGCCUCUUACCUAUGCUAUAACUUCAGUUGUCAGCUUAUUCAAAUUGGUUGUAAUAGUCUCCAAACUGACCUCCACAUUUUGUACCCUACCGGACAACUCAAUAUCAGUCAUCAUGUUGCUCGUUAUUUGGGUUUAGGAACCAAAAACCCCUUGACCCUAUUUUCUGAAAUUGAUAUCUAAAUUGCACCAGAGUGAUCCUAUAAUCCGAUUCCCAUACAAGGCACCUAUGUUUUGAUGAACCCUCCAUUUCAUUAGAUACGCUAUGUUGACCAUGUACGCCAAAUUUAAAUCUAACAUACAAUUAGACAGUUUAUCUAAUAGCUACUGUUUAUUGUAAACAAAUUGUUUACUUAAACCUGAUAUCAAGCACCGUUUCGAUGAGCUAACUGAUCUUUUAACAAGAGGAUGAGUUAUCUUAAAAUCUCUAAUGACCUUGACAUUUGACAUGCAUGACAAGAAUUCACAUUACGUUCUGUUUCCCAAACAGAAUAUAGUGGGAAUGAAAUAGAUAUUGCAUAUAAAUAUAAUUGUUUAUAAUUAAAAAAAAAUGUCAUCCUGAAUCAAAUCACAAUGCAAAAAUUGGCAUUAAUGCAACCAAUAUAAAAUAGCAUAGAUAAAACAAUCCCAUGCUGAGAUUUGAAAAUAUCAUUUUUGAAAAUAUCAUUUCUUGUCUACUCCACGUUGGUUAGAAUAGUUCAAACAUUUUCAUCAUCAAUUACCUUAAUAUAGCACCGCUUUCUUUUCUUUUUUUUUAAAUUAUUAUUUCCCAUUACAAUGGUUAUUCUAUUCUCUCCACGCUCCAGUGUGCAAAUCAAACUUAAACUAAAUUGAAAACAAUAUCCACAACAAUUAUUCAAACUUGAAGCAUACCAAAAAGUUAUUAAGAGGUGUAAUCAGUGAGUGGGGGGUGUAACUACAUGGAUGCAUGAAUUUUUAUUAAUUCAUAAAAUAAUGCCAAUUCUGAUGGAGAUGGUGAUUGAAUAAUUUUCUCAAAAUCCCCGAGACUUGAGCACUCGCCUAUUCUUGUCAAAAAAUGAACAACUGGGUUUAGUUGUACGAUUUAGAGAUGAUAAAAAUGAAAUCCUAAAUGCUAAACAAAAAAAUAAUGCUGGAUGCAAUAGGGUAACCUCUGACUAUUCACAAGUUCUAGAGACCCAAAAGAAAACAUUGAAAAUUUACAUGAAUAAUUGUUAGAAAAGAAAAUCUACAUUCUAGAGAUCUCCUCUACACAGUUAACGCGUAGGGAACAGAACUCAGCAGGAAAUCUACACAGAUAGAAUGAAACUGCACCCCCUAACCACAAUGACAAAGACAGAACUAAGAAUGAAUAAAAGAAGGGAAAACAAACAAUCGAACUAAACUCCUUUCUAGUGUAGAAGAGAAUAAAAUUUACUAGCAUUCCAUUUGCUACACUAAAAGUGGCAAAAAAAAGAAGACAUCAAAAAGAAGAAGAGCAAUUUACUAAUAUUCCAUCUGUUGUAUUAAUUUUGUGCAGGAAAAGCAACUGCAAGAAGAAAAGCAACUCAUGGAGGGCGAGGUAAGCAGACAUAAAGAAAUAAAUAAACAAGAAAAGAAAGACAGACAUGAGAGAGAGAGAGAGAGAGAGAGAGAGAGAGAGAGAGAAACUAUAUAUAUAUAUAAACAUUUUAUUUGUUGGUUGUAGAUAGCAGCAAUGACCAGCAGCGAAGCUCUGCAGCGAAGAGAGGACGGGGAGGAGAACAGCAUACCCCUUCAUCUCCAUCUCCAGCAGACAAUGCUUCAUUUUCUGUAACUCUAAGAGGGUCUCUCACCUGCACUCCCUGCUCGCCUCUAAAUAAUGUAUGGAUUCCUCUACACAUAUACAAUUGAGAUGCUAUAUAUAAAAAUAUUUUGACUGAGUGUGUAAUAA